AUGAGCAGUCCUCGCGGAGAGGUGCCGCCGUCGUCGCGCACCGCCGCCUCGUCGGCUCGCCCGAAGGCAGGCUCAGAGCACUCGGAUGACGCGCAACACGCCUCGCUCAGCACCACUCCCACGCAGAGCCAGAUGCAGCCGCUCACCUCGCACUCCAACCCGCCUUCGGCUUCCAAGCCCACCGGCUCGACCCUCCGUCCCAACACCGCCCUGCGUCCCGCCAUCCCUGCUCACGAUACGACAUCGACCUCGACCACUCCCGCUCAGCGCCACCAACCUUCCGCUUCCUCCUUCUCAUCCGCCAGCGACAGGAACAUCGGCUCCUACGACGACUCGAACAACAACGCCACCAUCGGACGCGGCCAGGCCAACACGCUGCGCACACCGCAGACUCGUCCGGCGUUUGCAAGGCAGGGAUCCCACACCCAGCGCUCCGUCUCCUACGCCACCUCCGAUCUCGAGACCGUCUCCGCCAUGUCCGCCUCCGAGUACAGCUCGGGCGCCGAGGAUGACGCCGACCAGUGGCGCAGGUCCACCAGUCGUGGCCGCUCCGGCGAUACUUCCAUCCGCCAAGGCACCUCCAUCGGCCGUGCUGGCCUGCUCGUCGAGCCGUCGGCCGCCACUCGCACCGCCAGCGGCAUCACCACCGCCAGCUCGCAGAAGGCCCGUCGUCCUUCCGCCACCACUCGUGACUCGAGCAAGGCGCGCAGGCAGAGCCGCUACCGCACCGACGAAGACUACCUCGAUGCCGACGACAAUGACCGCUUCGGUCCUUUCGACGAGGAGGACGACGAGGUCGAGCCCCACGACCGCGGCGAGGAACUCGUUCGUCGUCGAAUGAAGGCGCGCCAGCGAGAGAAGGCCAUGCGCAAGAAGGCCGAAAAGGAGCGUUCCAGGCUGUCCGUCGCCUACCCUCAGGGACAAGGCCAGGGUCAGCCCAAUCCUGCUGUCUUGUCACCCAGCCUCAAGCCCAGCUCCGGCUUCCUUAGCCAGCGUCCCAGCUCGCCCUCGCCUCGACCGGAUCGCUCCAGCCGCCCAACCACCAUCGCGCUGCCCCCUCCCGCCUUCCCUAACAUCCAGCAGCAGGGCGCCCUCUCGCCCAUGUCGCAGCAGCCUGGCGUCGCCAGCCCGGGAGGCACCGGCAUCGGCGCACGCCUCGCAUCUGGCACCGCCUAUCCGUCCCCGCAUGGUCACAUUCGACGCCCGAGCUCCACCCAGAACAGCUCUCAGAAUAGGUUCAGCAGCCUCAGCCACGGCCAGCAGAGCACCGUCGGUCCCAGGAGCUCGUACGCGCCUCAGGCCGGUGCCAACCAGGACUUCUUCGCCGGUCUCGGCGCCUCGGCAGGCAGCGUCCCGGCCUCCACAGACGCUGGCUCCAGCAUGGCCGGCAGCGUCCACGCCGAGGACGACCGCGACUUUGACCACGAUGAGGAACGCGACACCAUUGCCAGCCUUGCUGACCGACGCCGACGCGAUGACAUGGAUGACAACGACCAAGACGAAGACGACGCUUUCGACGACGAUGAACAUGCCGCCGGCAUCGACGCUGACGAUGACGAUGACGAUCAAGACGAUGAUGCGGAUGUCGACGACGUCGAGUACACGCUCAAGGACCGUCAGGACGCCAUCAACAUCGAACACCCUUUCGGUCUGCCCAUCUGGAAGCCAGCGCUCUACAAGAAAUCGCGUUCCGUCACCCGCAACGCCGAGAUUGCGCUCCACUCGAUCCCCAGCGCCGCCGCCGAGCGCCAUCUGCUUCCAGGCAACAUCCUCUGGACCGUCCUCUUUGGCUCCUGGCUCUCGCUCAUCUGCUACGUCUCGUCCGUCCUCAUCAACUUUAUCCCCCUCGGCGGCUCCAGGUAUGCACGCGUCGUCUGGGAGCUCGGUGGAUACCUCUUCUGGCCCUUUGGCAAGUACGUCGAGGUCGAAGUCAGCCCCGAGAGCGGCGACCGCGUCUCUCCGCUUGCCGAACACGCCGACCAGGCUGCAGACUCGGAGUGGAUCGAGAACUCUUUCACGCCCGUCGCUGCGCGCUUCCCGCAUGACCAUGCGCAUGUGGUGCCCUUCAACUCGCGCCCCGACUCGGUGCUCUCCACGCCCAGGGACAAGAUGGCCAGCAGCCAGAAUGAGACACUCCGCGGCGACGAGACCGCGCGGGCCUCUGCGGACGCCGGAUCGUCGAGCGGCUCAGAGGCGCACAGAUCGACGCCGCGGGCGUCCGACCAUGGCGAAUCCAGCCGCACGUCGGAGCAGGAGCAGGACGAAAACACGUCGCUUCGAGGCAAGGGCAAGGCGAGUGACUACGGCACCAUGCUCGACGCCGAGCGUGGCCAGCCACCGAACGAUCUCGAGCGCAUCGAGGCUGAGCAGCGCGUGUACGGCUAUGUGCAGGACGAGUUCGGCAGCGAAGUCGGCGCGGCUCAGCGCCUCGGUGGUCGCACGGCCUUUGCCAUCUUCUACGGUAUCUUCCUCUUCCCAUUCAUGGGCCUUGUCUGUCUGGCAUGCUGGGGCAUGGUUUUCCCCAUUCCCAUGGCCAAGCUCACCUGGGUCCUGCUCAGGAACCUCGCGACAAGGCCUCUCGCGCUCCACUUCCGCUCCGCAGCCGGCAUCGAGAAGAUGCACGACGAGGACGGCAAUGAGAUCACCGGUGCCGCCAAGAAGUUCUUCCUUCCGCUGAAGCCGGGCGAGCCGGCACCAAGGCCCAAGUCGAUCAACGCUGGCAAGGUGACGCUUCAGCGCCGCAGCAAGAUCCUGCUGUGCACUUACCGCGCUGUCGGCGGCCAGUACUACAAGUACACCGUCGGUGGCGUCAACAUCCUCUUUGUCAACACGCUUCCGCUCGUCUUCUUUACGAUUCUCGACUUUUUCGUCAUCGAGCGCUACGUCGAACAUCACCAUAUCAAGCACGGAUUCCUCGCCUUCAUCUCGGGUCAGGGCGUCAUCUUCAUGCUUGCGCUCGGCAGUGUCAUUCCGCUCUCGUACUUCAUCGGCAUGGCUGUCGCGAGUAUCAGCGCGCAGAGUUCGAUCGGCAUGGGCGCCGUCAUCAAUGCGACAUUUGGUUCGAUCAUCGAGAUCAUCCUGUACGCCAUCGCCCUGACGCAGGAAAAGGCACGGCUCGUCGAGGGCUCGCUGAUCGGAUCCAUCCUUGCAGGCGUGCUGCUCAUGCCAGGCCUGUCGAUGUGUUCGGGCGCGACGCGGCGCAAGGAGCAGCGCUUCAAUGCGCGCUCGGCCGGCGUGACGAGUACGAUGCUCAUCAUGGCCAUCAUUGGUAUCUUGACGCCCACGCUGUUCUACCAGAUCUACGGCACGUUCCAGCUGACGUGCGAGGGCUGUCCGACGGGCAACGUACCCGGCGACUCGUGGAGCUGCCGCCGUUGCUUCUACGAGCAUGUGCCGCCGGCCACCGAUCCAUUCUUCCAGCAGAAUGUGCGCGGGUUGAUGUACACGUGCACCGUCAUCCUCGUGCUCUCGUAUGGCGUCGGGCUGUGGUUCUCACUGCGCACGCAUGCGUCGCAGAUCUGGCAGAAUCCGCAGCCGGUGCAGCACGGCGCAGGUAUGGUAUCGAACCAGGCCACGCUCGCGCACUUCCCGUCGGCGCAGCGCGCUAGCAUCUACAAGCGGCUCGUGCCGGCGGCAGUCAUGCAGCAGCUGCUGCCGACGUCGCAGGCGGGCGACCGCCCUGCGGGCCAGUCGUCGGCGGUCAGCACUGGCGCGGCAUCGGGGUCUGGCACUGUCAAGGGUGUCGGCGGCGGGCACACGCGCCAGGGCACCGAUGCGACGCAAGACGGCCCACGACCACUGCAGCUGCCGGAGCACUUCAGCCAGGAGGUGUACGAUCGUGCCGUCGCGCUCACCGCUUCGGCGUUCCACAAUGUGAUGCAGCAGCAACACCAGCAUGAGCAGGCGGCUACCGGCGAGCGUGGUCACCUGCGCCACCCGGUUGGUGGAGGUGCAGCGCAGAAACACGUGUCGAUGCACGAGGAGGAAGAGGCGCAGGGCCAUGGUGGGCACGACGCGCCGUCGUGGUCGCGUGGCACCUCGCUGACGGUGCUGCUGAGUUGCACGGUGCUGUAUGCGAUUAUCGCCGAGAUCUUGGUGGACGUGGUGGACGUCGUGCUCGACGGCUCGGGCAUCGACGAAAAGUUCCUGGGUAUCACGCUGUUUGCGCUGGUGCCCAACACGACCGAGUUUAUGAACGCCAUGUCGUUUGCCAUCAACGGCAACAUUGCGCUGUCCAUGGAGAUCGGCUCGGCGUACGCGCUGCAGGUGUGUCUGAUCCAGAUCCCCGCCAUGGUCGUCUUUUCGGCGUACUACAAUGCCGGCGUCGCCGACGACAACCUCAUCCACCGCAGCUUUACGCUCAUCUUCCCGCGCUGGGACGUGAUCGCGAUCAUCUUUAGCGUGUUCCUGCUCACGUACACGUACAUCGAGAGUAGGUCCAACUACUACCGCGGCACCAUCUGCAUCUUGUCGUACAUGGUGCUGGUGGCCGGCUUCUACUUUGCGCCUGCCACGGGCGACGUCGAGGACCCAGGCGACGACAAUCGCGAUCCCACUGUUGGGCCCGCCGCGUUCAUGGCGGCUGCGGGCAUCGUUGGCGGCGCUGUCAAGGACAAGCUCACCUCGUUCGCCGUCGCAGACGGCAGGUUCGGAGCGAGUCCUGCGGGCUGGACGCGCGCAUCGGGCGUCGCCGCGCUGCAGGCUGCUAAGAGCGCCGCCGGCCACGCAGGAACCGCCGCCGCGCUUGUGCUGCCCGAAUGGCCAAACAGCCUGCCGAGUCUGGACGUCGGCGCCUGGGCCUACGCGCUGUGGGCGUCCUUGUGGGCACGCUGA